GCAACAUGUCUGACAAAAGUGACUUAAAGGCUGAGCUGGAGCGCAAAAAGCAGCGCUUAGCACAGAUAAGAGAGGAGAAGAAGCGGAAGGAAGAAGAGAGGAAAAAGAAAGAGGCUGAUAUGCAGCAGAAGAAAGAGCCCGCUCAGGAUGACUCUGAUCUGGAUCGUAAGCGCCGAGAGACAGAGGCUCUGCUACAGAGCAUUGGCAUAUCACCGGAGCCACCCCUAGUGCACUCGCUGCCUUUCUUAACAUGGGAUGCCUGUUAUUUUCAUUAUUUAGUCCCAACCCCUAUGUCUCCCUCUUCGAAAUCAGUGAGCACUCCCAGUGAAGCUGGAAGUCAAGACUCAGGAGAUCUGGGACCCGUAACCAGGACCCUGCAGUGGGACACAGACCCCUCAGUGCUGCAGCUGCAGUCAGACUCUGAACUUGGAAGAAGACUGCACAAACUGGGCGUGUCCAAGAUUACUCAGGUGGAUUUCCUGCCGCGGGAAGUCGUGUCUUACUGCAAGGAGACCCAGACUCCCCUGGCUACCCAUCAAUCCGAAGAGGAUGAGGAAGAUGAGGAAAUGGUGGAGCCUAAAGUCGGCCAUGACUCAGAACUUGAAAAUCAGGACAAGAAACAGGCGGUGAAGGAAGCCCCGCCCAGGGAGCUGACAGAGGAAGAGAAACAGCAGACCCUCCAUUCAGAGGAGUUCCUCGUCUUUUUCGAUCGCACAAUAAGGGUCAUUGAACGAGCAUUGGCCGAAGACUCCGACAUCUUUUUUGACUACAGCGGCCGAGAGUUAGAGGAAAAAGAUGGGGAUGUUCAAGCUGGAGCCAACCUUUCUUUCAGUCGUCAGUUCUAUGAUGAACAUUGGUCCAAGCAUCGGGUGGUCACUUGUAUGGACUGGUCUCUCCAGUACCCUGAGCUGAUGGUUGCUUCCUACAACAACAAUGAAGACGCCCCUCAUGAGCCAGAUGGAGUAGCGUUGGUUUGGAACAUGAAGUUUAAGAAAACCACACCAGAAUAUGUCUUCCACUGUCAGUCCUCGGUGAUGUCUGUCUGCUUCGCCCGCUUUCAUCCAAACUUGGUGGUUGGUGGGACUUACUCCGGCCAGAUUGUCCUGUGGGACAAUCGUAGUCAUCGGAGGACACCGGUGCAGCGCACACCUUUGUCAGCUGCUGCCCACACGCAUCCUGUAUACUGUGUGAAUGUUGUUGGGACCCAGAAUGCUCAUAACCUCAUCACUGUCUCUACCGAUGGCAAAAUGUGCUCCUGGAGCCUGGACAUGCUCUCCACUCCCCAGGAGAGCAUGGAGCUGGUGUACAAUAAGUCCAAGCCUGUGGCUGUUACCGGAAUGGCUUUCCCAACAGGAGAUGUCAAUAACUUCGUGGUGGGCAGCGAGGAGGGCACAGUCUACACGGCUUGUCGUCAUGGAAGCAAAGCAGGUAUUGGUGAAGUCUUCGAAGGUCACCAAGGACCAGUGACGGGAAUUAACUGCCACAUGGCAGUGGGCCCAAUCGACUUUUCACACCUGUUUGUCACAUCAUCAUUUGACUGGACGGUUAAACUGUGGACCACAAAGCACAACAAGCCGCUCUACUCCUUUGAAGACAAUGCAGAUUACGUGUACGACGUCAUGUGGUCCCCCGUGCACCCCGCGCUCUUCGCCUGCGUGGACGGGAUGGGGCGCCUGGACCUCUGGAACCUCAACAAUGACACCGAGGUUCCAACAGCAAGUGUGGCCAUCGAGGGGGCGUCGGCCCUCAACCACGUGCGCUGGGCUCAAGCCGGCAAGGACGUGGCUGUGGGGGACUCAGAAGGCCGGAUCUGGAUCUACGACGUUGGCGAGCUGGCGGUCCCCCACAACGAUGAGUGGACCCGAUUCGCCAGGACCCUCGUGGAGAUUCGCGCCAACAGGGCAGAUAGCGAGGAGGAAGGCGCCGUUGAACUAGCGGCCUAGUGGCAACCGGCCACACCCCAGCCCCCCACGUUCCGAGUCCACAGUUCUCAUUCCACUUGUGCUCCGUGUCCGUUCGGUAUCAGUAUUGCUGUGACAUUGUGGGUGCCCUAUCGCGCCAGCUUCACUCCACGUGUUCCAAAUGUACCCCGCUGCGCUCGCCACCUGAAACUCACCGGAGCAUGUCUGCCCAUCUUUUCGGUCUCAAAAUGAAGGGGAGAGAAUAACAAACCCAAACCCUUUAUGGCUUUAGUUGUUGCCUUUUAACUACUUAGUAGCUGUAUUUAAUAGCUGGAAACCUCUGGUUAACUGUGUGUUUACAGGUACUUACGGCCUAGUCCUAUUAAAUCCAUAUGAAGCCAGAUAUGAUUAGGUACAGAUGUGGUGUGCUUCAUGACAUGGGACAGGGCCAAAGACUUGGGAUGUGGCGUUUCACAUGGCGAGUCACAUUAUGAAUGGAUUUACUAUGAGAACAUUGCUGCUCCUUAUUUAUUGUGGUGUGCUGCAUGGAAUGUAUUUAUUUGAAAGCAUUAAAAUAAACGAUCCUAGAGCAUGUGCGUAA